CCCACAGUGGAAGUCGUCUUGACUCCGGCAGUCUGGGACUGUGCUGAUCUCUUUGGAUUAUACAGCACUGACACGUGCAGAAUGUCCGAAGGGAGAAAAAAGGGGAAAGGGAAAAAGAAGAAUCGGAAACAUAAACAAGACAGGAAACCUGGAGAUGACAGGGAACCUGGAAAAGCCUCUCCCCCAAAGAUAAAGAAGAUCAAGAACCAGGUCCUUCAGGAGGGAGAAAAACUGACACUGAAAUGUGAGGCUACCGGUAACCCCUCCCUCACCUACAAAUGGUACCGAGAUGGAACAGAGCUGAAAAAGAGCCCUGACAUCAAAAUCAAGUCUGGGAGAAAGAAUUCUCGGCUCCAGAUCAGCAGUGUGAAGGUAGCUGACGGAGGGGAUUACACCUGCGAAGUGGAGAACCUUUUAGGCAAAGAAACUAUGAAGACUACUAUCAGCAUCCAGAGCAUAACAACAACCUUGUCAUCUGGGUCAGGCCAUGCAAGAAGGUGCAAUGAAACAGAGAAGAAUUUCUGUGUGAAUGGAGGCGUGUGUUACUACAUAGAUGGUAUAAACCAACUCUCUUGCAAAUGUCCCGCAGGAUUCUUUGGACCGCGAUGCUUGCAGACUGAGCCUCUGAGGUCAUACAUGCCCAAUCCUAAUAAAAAGCAUCUUGGAUUAGAAUUUAUAGAAGCAGAGGAACUCUAUCAGAAGAGGGUCCUGACAAUUACCGGUAUCUGUGUCGCGCUGCUUGUAGUUGGAAUUGUGUGCGUGGUGGCCUACUGCAAAACAAAGAAACAAAGAAAGAAGAUGCAUAACCAUCUGAGGCAGAACAUGUGUGCCGAUCAUCAGAACAGAAACCUUGCGAACGGACCCAACCACCCUGGCCCGGGGCCCGAGGAGAUCCCCAUGGUCGAUUACAUUUCGAAAAGUGUUCCAGCUACUGAACAUAUGAUACGGCAAGACGCAGACACUUCAUUUUCUGGUAGCCACCCUUCAUCUGUGUCUCAUCAUUCUUCGACAGCGACCCACACAUCCAGUCACAGACACGAAGACCGCACAUGGAGCUUGGACCGCACUGAGAGCGUUAUUUCAGACUCCCAUUCUGGCAUGAUGUCAUCAUCGGUGGGGACCAGUAAAUGCAACAGCCCUGCCUGUAUUGAGGCUCGGACCAGGCGCGCGGCUCACUGCGGCAUCAAAGAACCCCCGCGUCCCAUGAUGCAGUACAGAGACUCCAUCGACUCCCUCUUAGACUCACCACACAGCGACAGGUACGUGUCGGCUCUGACUACACCAGCCAGGCUCUCUCCCGUGGACCUCCAUUACUCACUGCCUACCCAGGUGCCUACUUUCGAAAUCACUUCUCCUAACUCCAGGCAUGCGGCUUCCCUUCCCCCCGCGGUCCCCGUCACUUACCACGUGGAAGAGGAACAGCCGUUGCUACGCAGAUACCAGGUGCCUCUGCAGGAUAUCCAAAGACAUGACCCGUACCGGCAGCGGCGUAGCUAUCUCAACGACAGCACGAGCAGCCUGCCGUCCAGUCCCCUCUUCGUGGUGGAGGAUGAUGAAUACGAGACCACCCAGGAGUACCUUUCCUCACUGGAGCAACCAAAGAAAACAGCCAGCAACAGCAAACGGUGGAAAAAGUCAAAACUCAACGGACAUAUCUCCCACCGUGGAGAGGUCAUGAGGGAUGACAGCUCACGAAGCUGCAUGUCUGAAAGUGAUUCAGAGGAGGAGCAUGUUGGGGAAAGCACUCCAUUCUUAAGUAUGCAAAACAUGAACAUGGCGGAAAAUAUAGAACCAUCAACUGUAUACAGACCAGCGGAGAGCAGGACUUAUUAUUCAUCUAACAGACAUAAUGCACGUGGAAAUGUACAAACCAGAGGAACACACACAAGAGCAAAACAAGACUCUGCUCCUCUCUAAAAAGAAAGAGGAAGAAAGAAAGAACCUGCUUAAGACCUUCACCUCCCACAAAUAUCUUUAUUUUAUAUAACAGACAGAUAAUUCGAAACAAAGGAAAUGUUUUAUUUUCAUUUUAGCAAAAGUUGUCUACUAGCUAACAACAAAGACCUUUUUAUAGGGAAAACUAUUUAUAUGUAAAAUUUGAUUUACAGCUUACAAAAAAAGAUAGAAGACUUGCCAAUUUUUCACUUAAAGAUAGAAUAAUAUUGUGGUGCCUUUUGCUGUAUGCUAAUCCCAGAGUUCCUGCUAAGGUUUGAGUUUUUUGUAUCCUUUCUAUACAGACUCAUCAUUUUUUAUAUACACGUUUUCUCCCGAUUCUGUUUCAAGGGACAUUUUCCCAUUUGAACAGUGUUGAUGAAUAUGAUCAUACAUGCUGGUUAAGCUCUCAUGCAAUAUAAAUCAGUAUUUUUACAUUAAAAACUCACAGAUGCAUUAAUCAGUUUUUAACAGGAAGAUGCUAUGGUAAUUCUGAGAGGUGAGUAUGUGCCAACAGAAGGUCUAAUGAUACAACACACAUGAAACCUAUGAAGAGUGCCAAUGUCAAAUGAUCAAAGUCACUUCUCUGGCAACAUUUUACAUUAGUAUCUUUAUUGUUUUUUGAUUGAGUUGUUAAAUCUAUUAAAACUCUUCAUUUCAGCAGUAGGUUUUCAUUUAAAUAAGUGGCCUAAAGAAUAGGGGAGGGAAGUGGCGGAUUGGUUAAAUAAGGGACCUGAAGAAUAGGGGAGAGGAAUGGCAGAUUGCUUAAAUAAGGGACCUAGAGAAUAGAGGAGGGGAGUGGAGGAUCAUUUAAAUGAGGGACCUGUGGAAUAGUGGAGGGGAGUGGAGGAUCAUUUAAAUAAGGGACCAGGAGAACAGGAGAGGGGAGUGGCAGAUUGGGUAAAUAAGAGACCUGGAUAAUAGAGGAGUGGAGUGGCGGAUUGGGUAAAUAAGAGACCUGGAGAAUAGGGGAGCGGAGUGGCGGAUUGGGUAAAUAAGAGACCUGGAGAAUAGGGGAGCGGAGUGGCGGAUUGGGUAAAUAAGAGACCUGGAGAAUAGGGGAGUGGAGUGGCGGAUUGGGUAAAUAAGAGACCUGGAGAAUAGGGGAGCGGAGUGGCGGAUUGGGUAAAUAAGAGACCUGGAGAAUAGGGGAGGGGAGUGGUGGCUUAUUUUUGAGAAGUACACAGGGUAUUUUUCUUGUUUAUGAUUUAUCCAUGACCUUGACAGUUUAACUUCUAUUUAAAGGAUGCCACCUCCUAAUAGUAACACUAUGAUGGGGCAUUACUAGAUGAUGUAUUACUCUUAAUAUCACAGAAAUGUGACUUGAUGAUUUCAUGUUUUUGCUCUUCAUGUAUAUAUGUACGCAUACAGAAUUGGCCAAAAGUUGCCCAUCAUACAGAGUCUAUUUAGGGCAUCUUGUGUUAAGCCCCAUUAUCUCGUUCUGCUGAUGCCUCUGGUCAGUGUGUAGAGCCAGCCAUUCAUUCUCUUAGUAUUUGCCUCUUGAAAUGAGAAAGCAGUCUAAAGGCGACCUCUCCAGUGGCCAGCCUUUCCUAUAUCCUUGUUUCCAAUGGCACACAACUUUCUCCUCACCUCCUGUAUAUUUGGGAUCUCAGCUGAUUUGUAAACUCUAUAUUGUUAGGGCUUGACUCAACCCUAUUGUUAAAUGUAGUCCCUACCCCAAUGCCUGUACCCCUUCCCAAUCUAACAAUACUCACAAGGGAUUUAAAAAGGUUAUGAUUGGGUCACAAUUCAGGCUGAGAUACAAAUUCUGUAUUUUAUAACAAACUGGCUAAAACAGUUGGGGUAGUUGAAAUGUUGGGUGAUGUUUUACUUAGGCCUGGCUACCAAGGAGCUUCACUAUGAGCUCUGGCCUGUUUGACUGGUGGACAGUAUAUACCAUUAUAUUCCUUAUGAGUCAUUCAAGUAUAAGAAGAUGACACUGCUCUGGUAUAAAGUGAAUCUAACACAAAGGCAAAAUGUAUUUGAUAGAAAAACAGAACUACAACAAAUAUAAAUGACUUCUUAUUGAAGGCACAGUGUUAUUAGGAUAAUAAUUAAAAGAUUUCCUAGAAUAGAAUCUGCUUUCCUUUUUAAGCCUGUCACUGGUAAAUUGCAAUGUUUUUUUUUUUUUUCUCUUGGUUUGUUUUGUAUUUGGGUAAUGCAAAUGAACACAGUGUUUCUAGUUGUUUACAUGUCAAAAUGCCCCAAUAGGAUAUUUAGUUGUUUUGUUUAUUUCAUAGCUUGACCUGUUUCAGAAAAAAAAAAAAAAAAAAAAAAAAAACACCUUCUUUCUGCAUGUCGUUGGCAAUUCAGACCGAUGGAUGCAUGGUAAAGUUGCAACAGAAAAGACUUCCAGUCUUAAGAAAUGAAAGUGUCUUUAAUUUAACAUUCAGCAAUAAAUCCUUUUUCAUGUCCAUUACUGGAAUCUGCUGGAGAUUUUGUCAGAUUGUGGUAAAUACUUGUAAAAUAAAAACUGAACC